AUGAUGGAGGACUUGGCAAUGAUGGCAGGCCUCCAGGCGCUGCUCCUUCAGACGUGCAGCCUCCUCAUCUUCUUCAUCGCUGCCGAACAAGUCUAUGUCGUCGUCUUCGUCGUCUCCGUUCUCAACCUUGGCUGGAGCCGCAUGGACGGGAGUCGCCUGCACAUUCAGAAAACGGUACAAACAAAUAAGAUAGAUGUCGAGUUCCAGGGGAGUUUAGUGCGUGUGGUGUCUUUAAGCGGUCAAACCUGCUGGGCCUCCCCAGGCCUCACCUUUGCACAUGGGACGGCCGCUGGUGUGGGGGACUUCUCCAGCACGGCCACUCUGGACUCCAGUUUGAGCAGCGCGGCCCUCAUCUCUGCCACCACUGACACAAAAACAGAGCUGUUGCAUUCAGACAGCGCGGCCUGGUUUUGGGCGGCUCAGCCGAGUAUCAUCACAGCGCAGGACACUGUGGAACCUCCGCAGUGGAAAGAGGGGCCUGAGGAGCCGAGACAGCUGCCAAACCACCUGACCCUUCUCACUGCACAAGCCACUUCUAAAUCGAGUGGCUUAACCGGCGUGCAGACAGCUGCUCCGGGCAGCCGGGUUCUGUGA